AUGGAUCCAAAUACAGCGCCUGCCGCCAACCGGGUGAAGAAGACCACCGCCAAGAACACCAAGACCGACGUGGUGUGCCGCCAGUCUCCUCACCUUGCCGGGAUCAAGGCUUCCCCCGCCAAGCAAUCGACGGAUGUGGAAGUUGAUUCCAGUUCUCAUUCCGGCUCGAGUUCUUCGCGCAAUUCAUCUUCAUCGGAGCCCCCAGCGCCUCAGCAUAGCUUAGAGCUAUCGGAGAGCUCCGCCCCCCAUCCUAGAAGAGAGACAGGGGAGGUGGUGGAGGAUACGGAAACCCUCAUGCACCGGUCGAAGAGGCUCCGGCGUGCUGGGUCGCCGAAAACUGCAGAGAGCUUGGGCCUGGCGGGGAGCAACACGGAGGAUCCCGUUCGGAGCCCCCAGCCGAGCCCCCAGCUUGAAAGUGGAGGGUUGGCCCCUUCUGCCGGAGGUGACGGAGACGAGCCUCCCAUCCCCUCAGCUGAAGGAGGCGGCGAGAUGACACAGGAUGAGUCCCUCCUGGAAUGGCAGGCUCCUCCUGUUGACCUGACCGGAGAACCCCUGGCGAAGCCCUCUGAGACCACACAUGGUAUUACCGCGACUGCCAUGGCAGAGGACGGAGUUCAUGGCCCGGCAGCUGAUGCUGCCGGGGAAACUGAGGCCCCUGUCCGGCAGGCUUCUCCGGGCCAAAGAGCCAGAACUGCUGGAAGAGGUGGCCAACAUAGGAGAGCUGCCGCAGACGAGGCCACCAAGAUCGCCACCGUGGAGGGACAGGGCCCUGCUACCAGGCAUUCUCUCGAGUCCUUGCCGGUGGCUGAACAUGCUUCUAAAAAUGCCCCAGAGGUGGGAGUGGUGAUCGAGGGGAAGAUUCCUCUCCGAACCUUGGACCCCCUUCCCUCCUCUAGGCCCAUGAUGGGGACCUCUCCAUCCCCACCAAGCCAACUGGCGCUGGUGUUGGAGAAGCCUGGGACAGGAGCUCCCGGCCCGUCAACAGUGACAGGCGCGGAGCUCGACGAGGAGCUUCGGCGCAUCCUGGCGCUGCUAAAUCAAGGGGUUGGAGAGGCGGAUGAUUCAGUUGCCGUUGCAAUGGACCUGUCUUUCCCGGAGUCCAUGGCGACGGACGUCAAGGAAAUGUAG